AUGCGAAGCAGAGCAAGUGAUUAUGGAAUAUUUUCCUUACGCACAUUUAUUUUUUUCAUUAUCGGAAAACAGGCCUUUGCGCAGAUCCGGUAUGUUGUUCCGGAGGAGGUGAAAGAAGGAUCGAUUGUUGGAAAUGUGGCAAAAGAUCUUGGCCUUGAUGUUACUCUGUUAACCAGUCGACGUUUCCGCGUUGUGUAUGGAUCUAAGGAUGCGUUUUUUGAUGUGAACCAGGACACCGGAGAUCUUGUUCUCCGCCAGAAAAUCGACAGAGAGGAGCUUUGUGAUGGGAGUGGUGCGUGCUUAAUGGAGCUCAAAAUCCUGGUGGAAAACCCGUUGGAAAUGCAUUAUGUGGUUGUGGAGAUUUCUGACGUAAACGAUCACUCGCCUAAAUUUCCAGAAGAAGCGCAGGUAUUUGAAAUCUUUGAACAAACGUUAUCUGGAGCAAGUUUUCAGCUCCACGCUGCUCGGGAUCCCGAUGCUGGAUCUAAUUCCAUACGUACGUACUCAUUAACGUCAAAUGAGCACUUUGAGCUAGAUAUCCGUCAGAGUGAUGAGGAAAAAAUCCCGUUUUUAGUGCUGAAGAAGCCGUUAGACAGAGAAGAGAUUAGUAAUCACUCAUUCUAUGUAACAGCUCUGGAUGGAGGCAAACCCCCGAGAUCAGGAACAUUGAAUAUUUCUGUGAUUGUCCUCGACAGUAAUGAUAACCGACCGAAGUUUAGCCAAGAAAUCUAUCAAAUUGAAGUAGAAGAAAAUCUUUCUCCUUACACAUCAUUAUUCAAACUGAAUGCGACGGAUUCUGAUGAAGGCUUAAACAGUGAAAUUACAUACAAUCUGGGGAAAGCACUUAAGAAAAAAGGUUCUGACACUUUUGAAUUGGACAAAAUCACUGGAGAGUUACGUCUAAAAGGAACAGUAGACUAUGAAGAAAACAAAAUUUAUAAAUUGGAUAUUGAGGCAACUGAUAAAGGAACUCCUCCUCUAACCAGUAGUUGCAGACUCAUUAUUAAGAUAAAAGAUUUAAAUGAUAAUCCACCUGAAAUAGAAAUCACCUCCCUGUCAAACAUUGUGUCUGAAGACUCCAAACCUGGAACAGUUAUAUCACUGCUUAGUGUGACUGAUAAAGACUCUGGACUAAAUGGAAAAAUAAAUACCAGAAUAGAAGCUAAUGGACCUUUUGGAUUAAAACCGUCAUAUAAAGAAAACAUUUAUUCAGUUGUCACUAAAGGACAUUUAGAUCGAGAGGAGGUGUCUCAGUAUGAAAUAACAGUGAAAGCUACAGACUGUGGUGAGCUUCCUUUAUCCACUUUUAAAAGUUUCAGCAUCCAGAUAUCUGAUGUAAAUGACAACAGUCCCCAGUUUCCACAAAAUCCAUUACAGUUUUACCUGCUAGAAAAUAAUGCAGCUGGAACUUGUGUUUUUUCUGUUAGCGCUACAGACAAGGAUGCAAACGAAAAUGCAGUAAUUUCAUUUCAUAUUAGAAGAGAAGCUAAUAAAAACGAGAUUUUGUCCUUCUUAAACAUAAACCCAGAAAAUGGAGAAAUAACAGCUCUGAAAAGUUUCGACUUUGAAACUGUGAAAACGUUCCAGUUCCAAGUUGUGGCCUCAGACUCUGGAAGUCCGUCCCUGAGCAGCAACGUGACAGUGAACGUGUUCAUUCUGGAUCAGAACGACAACGCUCCAGUCAUCCUGUAUCCAGUCAGCUCCAACAGUUCUGCUGAAGGUGUGGAGGAGGUUCCCCGCAACGUGAACGCAGGACACUUGGUGACUAAAGUCAGAGCCUAUGAUGCUGAUAUAGGAUAUAAUGGCUGGCUGCUGUUCUCACUGCAGGAAGUGACUGACCACAGUCUGUUUGGUUUGGACCGCUACACAGGACAGAUCAGAACACUUCGCUCAUUCACAGAGACAGACGAGGCUGAGCAUAAACUGCUCAUCCUGGUCAAAGACAAUGGCAACGUUUCACUGUCAGCAACAGCUACUGUCAUUAUCAAAGUGGUGGAGCCCAAAGAGGCUUUUGCAGCUUCUGAUGUGAAGAGUUCAGCCAAAGAUGAUGAGGAGACUGAUGUGACUUUUUACCUGAUGAUCACUUUGGGCUCAGUGUCGGUUCUGUUCCUCAUCAGCAUCAUCGUGCUGAUUGCAAUGCAGUGCUCCAAGUCCACAGAAUAUACUUCUAAAUAUCUCCAAGAGGCUAAUUAUGAUGGGACACUGUGUCACAGCAUCCAGUACAGAUCUGGAGACAAACACUACAUGUUAGUAGGACCCAGGAUGAGUGUAGGAUCUACUAUAGUACCUGGAAGUCACGCAAACACUCUGGCGCUGCCUGACAGGAGGAACACUUCUGAUGAGGUAAGAUGAGAACAUGUCU